AUUCCAUUCUAGCUUUGAGGAAUUCUAGCUUCGAGGCGUCCACCAGUCCCCGUCCAUCCUCCUCACCGACAACGUGCAGAUAAGCGGUUGACCACCCGCACCAGGGGCAGCCACUCAGAAUGCCGGAACCAGAAUCUACAUACCGCCUUUGGGUUGCCGGGAAGGAACAGGAUGGCCGAGGCAACCUAAUCCCCAUAGAAGACCCAGCCACAGGCGACAUUUUUGCACACUGCCACGCUGCGUCGGCCUCGGACGUCGACUCGGCGGUUGAUGCCGCCCACGCCGCCUUCAAGGCCGGCGCCUGGUCCCGGGCGCCGCGCCAGGCCCGCGCCGACGUGCUUGACCGCGCGGCCGAGCUGCUGGGCUCGGCGCUCCCGGGGCUGAUCGACCUCGAGGUGCGCCAGACGGGCCGGGCGGUGCGCGAGAUGCGCGCCCAGGUGCCCUCGCUCGUGCGCUGGUUCCGCUACUACGCCGCCCACCUGCGCACCGAGCAGCGCGCCGUCCUGCCGACCACGGGGAGCCUGCACAACUGGGUCGACCGCGUGCCGCUCGGGGUCGUGGCCCUCGUCACGCCCUUCAACCACCCGCUCCUCAUCGCCGUCAAGAAGAUCGCCCCGGCCCUGGCGGCCGGCAACAGCGUCGUCCUCAAGCCGUCGGAGCUGACCCCGCUGACCUCGCUCGCCCUCGGCCCGAUCCUGCGCGACGCCGGCGUCCCCGACGGCGUCUUCUCCGUCCUCCCCGGCCUCGGCCCGGAGACGGGCAGGGCCCUCACGUCGCACGGCCGCGUGCGCAAGGUCGACGUGACGGGCUCGACGGGCGCGGGGCGGGCCAUCGGGGCCGUGGCGGGCGCGAACCUGGCGCGCUUCAACGCCGAGCUGGGCGGCAAGGCGCCCCUCGUCGUCUUUGACGACGCCGACCUCGACGCCGCCGUCAACGGCAUCGCCUUUGGCGCCUUCAUGGCCAGCGGCCAGACCUGCAUCGCCGCCACCCGCAUCCUCGUGCACCGGCCCGUGCUGCCGGACCUGCUCCCGAGGCUCAAGGCCAAGGCCGCAUCCAUCGAGCGCCGCAUGGGCUCGCCGGCCAACCCGGCCUCCACCAUGGGGCCGCUCGUCUCGGCCCGCCAGCUCGCAGGCGUCGAGGCCCUGGUCGGCGAGGCCGUGGCUGGCGGGCACGCCCGGGUGCUCUGCGGCGGCGCCCGCAUGGCCGGCCCCAGCGCCCUCGACGGCCUCGACCUCUCGCGCGGCUACUUUUACCCGCCCACCGUCCUGACCUCGACCUCGGACGAGAACUCCUCCUCCUCGACCACCCCCAGCAGCAGCAGCAGCAGCAGCAGCAGCAGCAAUAGCAUCCUGGGCGCGCGCAUCUGGCGCGAGGAGGCCUUCGGCCCCGUCGUGGUCGUCUGCCCCUUCGACGACGAGGACGGGGCGGUGGCGCUCGCCAACGACAGCGCCUUCGGCCUGGGGGCCGGGAUCUGGACGCGCGACCUGUCGCGUGCCUUCCGGGUCUCGGAGCGGGUCGAGGCCGGCAUCGUCUGGGUCAACACGCACCACCGCAACGACCCCAGCAGCCCCUGGGGCGCGCACGGGGCCCGCCCCGAGAGCGGGCUCGGGUCCGAGAACGGCGUGGACGCCUACCUGGGCUACACGGCCGCCAAGAGCGUCAUCAUCAACUACGCCCCGCCGGAGGCCGCCGUGCGGGAGGAGGACUGGUUCAGGGAGGAGGGCGGGGAUGUGCGGUAUGGGUAGUCGGUGUAUGGCUUGGUGGUUGCGUGGUUUUUUGAAUUCUGCACACGAUACAUGUGAGCAACGAACCCUUGGGCCACGCAAUCCUACAAGCCUGUCAUCUCAGGCAUGUAAUAUUGGCUGAAAAUAUGGUUGGAGAGUUACAACCUCCUGAGAUAAGACUAUACCUAUACCUAUACCAAACAGUUGCUAGCGGCAGUCGACCAUUAUACCGAUACCAUGAUGUCUUUACAAACAAUGGCCCUUCCAUCCGCAGCUCCCGCCAUCACGAACCGUAAUGUAAACAGUAG